GAAAUUCUUACAAAAACUGAAAGUGAAAUGAGGAAGACAGAUUGAGCAAUCCAAUCGGAGGGUAAAUGCCAGCAAACCUACUGUACAGUAGGGGUAGAGAUGCAGAAAGGCAGAAAGGAGAAAAUUCAGGAUAACUCUCCUGAGGGGUGAGCCAAGCCCUGCCAUGUAGUGCACGCAGGACAUCAACAAACACAGAUAACAGGAAAUGAUCCAUUCCCUGUGGUCACUUAUUCUAAAGGCCCCAACCUUCAAAGCUCAAGUAGUGAUAUGGAUGACUCCACAGAAAGGGAGCAGUCACGCCUUACUUCUUGCCUUAAGAAAAGAGAAGAAAUGAAACUGAAGGAGUGUGUUUCCAUCCUCCCACGGAAGGAAAGCCCCUCUGUCCGAUCCUCCAAAGACGGAAAGCUGCUGGCUGCAACCUUGCUGCUGGCACUGCUGUCUUGCUGCCUCACGGUGGUGUCUUUCUACCAGGUGGCCGCCCUGCAAGGGGACCUGGCCAGCCUCCGGGCAGAGCUGCAGGGCCACCACGCGGAGAAGCUGCCAGCAGGAGCAGGAGCCCCCAAGGCCGGCCUGGAGGAAGCUCCAGCUGUCACCGCGGGACUGAAAAUCUUUGAACCACCAGCUCCAGGAGAAGGCAACUCCAGUCAGAGCAGCAGAAAUAAGCGUGCCGUUCAGGGUCCAGAAGAAACAGGAUCUUACACAUUUGUUCCAUGGCUUCUCAGCUUUAAAAGGGGAAGUGCCCUAGAAGAAAAAGAGAAUAAAAUAUUGGUCAAAGAAACUGGUUACUUUUUUAUAUAUGGUCAGGUUUUAUAUACUGAUAAGACCUACGCCAUGGGACAUCUAAUUCAGAGGAAGAAGGUCCAUGUCUUUGGGGAUGAAUUGAGUCUGGUGACUUUGUUUCGAUGUAUUCAAAAUAUGCCUGAAACACUACCCAAUAAUUCCUGCUAUUCAGCUGGCAUUGCAAAACUGGAAGAAGGAGAUGAACUCCAACUUGCAAUACCAAGAGAAAAUGCACAAAUAUCACUGGAUGGAGAUGUCACAUUUUUUGGUGCAUUGAAACUGCUGUGACCUACUUACACCAUGUCUGUAGCUAUUUUCCUCCCUUUCUCUGUACCACUAAGAAGAAAGAAUCUAACUGAAAAUACCAAAAAAAAAAAAAAAAAAAGUAGUUACCAUUGCCUUUUCUGUGAGCUAUUUGUUUUGGUUUGCUGAAACUAGUCCAAAACAGGAAAUUUAACAGACAGCCACAGCCAAAGAGUGUCAUGUGAAUUACAAGAAAUAGAGCCCAUUUAGGGAAAGAUAGAACUAGAAAGGCUUUUCAUUAUAAUUCCAUGUUGAACAAUUGAGUCAUAGCUUCUUAUCUUGGAGGAAGGACGCAAUUCAAAGGGGCAGUAAGGAUUUUGUAAAAUGUGGCAUCCAUAAUUUACUAUGGAACAAGUGCCCACAUCUCUAGGACAUUAAGACAUUUAUGAGAAAUCUCAGGAUUCAUCUUCUGUUUUUAUGUUAAAUGCACUCCCUCCUUUUCAGUUAACAUUAUAAAAAGUAAAAAAUGAAAAUUUUAGAAAUCUUGCAUUAGAUACAUGAAAAAAUAACGAAAAGUUUAAAUUUAAAUAUGAAACAAUUUGGCUGCAAAUAGUAUCCAUGUACUAUUUAAGUCUUUUAUGGUUAUUUCAAGUAUGCAAUUUCUAUCUAUAAUGUAAUAUAUUACCCACACAUUUUUUUCACGGGAGAGAGAGAAUAUCCUCAUUUGUUUAUGCUCUUGUGUAUUUUCUAUAGUGAAUUUCAGAAACUUUUAAUAUCAGGUAAUUUCAAUUUAUGCAUAUAAAGCAUUGAUUGAAAAAUAACUAGAAUUGUGCAUAUAUAACACAUAAUCUCCAACAGAAGUUACUGAAUACAUUCGUACUAAUGUAAUGUAAUUUCCCUUUAUUUCUUGCUCUUCUGUUUCAAACUGCUGCUAUUGUAGUUUACAUAUCCCAACCUUUAAAAAUAUUCCUCUUAUUAGCUUUAUAUUCACUUUAUAGAGGUUGAGUUUUAAUUAAAAUUCUUGGCAUCCUGAAGUAUGUCACAUAGCAUGUGCUCCUUAUAAAUAUGUUGAUAUCUCAGAAGACAGCAUCCCGGUUUUCAUUUAUAAAGUACCAUACUUAAGAAUGCUGUAACACUUAUCUUUUAUAACAUGUUUCCUUCGCUUUGCUUGUCUUUUAUGUCAUUAGUUUUAACUGUUUACUUCAUUUAACAGUUUACAUCAUUCAACAGUUUACUUCAUUAAACAGUAGGUGGAAAAAUAGAUAUCAGUCUAUGAAAAUCUUCCCAUCUAUAUCAAAAUACUUUUCAAGGAUAUACUUUUCAAAACAAACGAUUUAAAUUUUAUGUUUAAAAUAUAAACUUUAGAUUUAAACUUUAUUUAAAUAUCUGGUUCCUAUGAUUUCGACUUCAGUAAGUUCAAAUAAAAUAUAUUUUGCAAUUCAUUUUUACAUUAUAAUUUAAAAAGAAGAAGCGAUAAGUGGAGUCAGUUUCAAUGCCAGGUGGGGUGGUUAAUGAUUUUUCUGGUGUUGCUGCUAAUGUGGAUUAACAAAUAAAAACAUUCAUUGCCUUUUG